CGGGAAAAGUUUUUGCUCUGCCUUCCAUUCCGACUCUGGCGCGUGCGGUGGGUGCGCAGCGCAGCUGGCUGUCCCGGGAGGACCCCAGCUCGGACGGGCGAGCCUUGUGUAGCUAGCUCCCCGAGUGCCUGGACUGGAGGCGGUGGAAAGCGCCAGGCAGCGGCCAGACCUGGCAAGCUUCGGCGUGAGGCAUUUGCUUGAUUUCAUUGUGGAAAGCUGGGAGAAGUUACAAGAUUAUUUCUGACAAUUGUGUGUUGCAUCAUCUCUUAAAAAGAAUAUAUGUUGAAAAGACAUGCCAUCGUAUCUCACAAGGCAGAAGACCCGAAAAAUUUUCUCAUGGGUUGGCAGGCCAUUGCCAGAUCGAAAACACAACCACCAAAUCUACAAAGAAAUGCGAAUGAAAGUCAAUGAUUGUUCCACUGAGAUUCACAUCAAGGUUGGACAGUUUGUAUUGAUUAAAGGAAAUAAUAAUGCAAAGCCCUAUGUUGCUAAACUGAUUGAAUUAUUUGAAGAUGGAUCUAAAUUUCAUUCCAAGAAAUGUGCUCGAGUACAGUGGUGUGUCCGAUUCUCUGAGAUUCCUAUCUCUAAAAGGCAUUUGUUAGGCCGGAAGCCUGCUGCACAGGAGAUAUUCUGGUAUGACGAUCCCGACUGUGGUAACAACAUUUGUGUGGAGACCAUCAUUGGUCCUGUUCAGGUAGUGGCUUUAGCCCCAGAUGAAGUGAUCCCUAUGGAUCAGAAAAGUGAGGACACACUGUUUGUGAAGCUAUCCUGGAAUACAAAAAACUUUGAACCACUGUCACCAGAAGUACUUGCAGCAUUGAAGAAACUAGAAGAUAGCCCUAAGUGCCAGAAACCUUUAGAAGGCAAGAGUAAGAAUGUAAAAAACCCUUCUUGGAACGCAACAGAACAAAUGGUCAAAAGGAUUGAAUCAAGUCACUCUACCUCCAAAUCUUGCCAGACAUCUGCUCAUCCUGUCUCCCCCAAUGCAAGGAAGCCGCUGGAACUCAGUGACUCAGACAUUCCCAGGAAGCCUAACAUGAGGCUAUCACAGAAGAUCUUGUGUGACUCCUUGGAUUCUCAAAAAAAUUCUAAACGAAAAACAGCCUUCUCUGAGACAGCCUCACCACCUAAAAGAUGUCAGCCUGGUGAAAUCAAGAACUUGUCACCUUUGAAAACUCUGGAAAAGAAUGGACAGGCUCAUUCCUUUUGUGACAAAGGUAGCAUGAUUCUAAGAGCGCAAGACCCAUCUUUCAUAACUACAAAGAUUAGUAUGGAGAGGGCACUCGACCCUGUCAGGAGCAGAUUGAGGCCUUCAGUGAUGCUCACUUCAAUUCUGACACCAAAGCGGACUGGGAGGGAGGCGGGAAAACAAGAAGCUCACACAGAACCCACCCGUACUUCCCAUCGUGUUCAUAGAAGGAGCUCUCUCUUGACUUUGAAUCGGAUUAGGCAGCAGCUUUGGCUUCUCGAUGAUGAUAAGAGUGACCAAGAAGAGGAAGAGUCCAUAUCCUCAGCAGAGGUGUCAGACUCCACUAGUGAGGAGGAAGAUGAUUCUAUUCCUUCCCUUCUAAAGAGAAAUUCCCAGCCGCAGUCCAGGAACCGGAGAAUGGCCUCAAAGCCAUCAUUGCAGACCCCCUCCAAGACACCAAAGAAAACUACUCAUCAUCCAACUCCUCAGAUUCGGGGUAGAAAUAUCGCUGUCCAGGAGCCAACAAGUGUGCUUGAAGAGGCCCGGCUGAGGCUGCAUGUUUCUGCUGUGCCUGACUCUCUUCCCUGUCGAGAGCAGGAAUUCCAAGACAUCUAUAGCUUUGUGGAAAGCAAACUUCUUGAUGGGACUGGAGGGUGUAUGUACAUUUCUGGGGUUCCUGGGACAGGGAAGACGGCCACUGUAAACGAGGUCAUACGCUGUCUGCAGCAGGCAGCCCAAACAAAUGAUGUUCCUCCCUUUGAAUAUGUUGAUGUCAAUGGCAUGAAGCUGACAGAGCCCCACCAAGUCUAUGUGCAGAUUUUACAGAAGCUGACGGGCCAGAAGGCAACAGCUAAUCAUGCAGCACAACUACUGGCAAAGCGAUUCUGCAGCCAAGGGUCCCAACAGGAGACCACUGUGCUGCUUGUGGAUGAGCUUGACCUUCUUUGGACUUCCAAACAAGAUGUCAUGUACAACCUCUUUGAUUGGCCUACUCACAAAGGAGCCCGGCUGAUAGUCCUGGCCAUUGCCAACACCAUGGACCUGCCAGAGAGGAUCAUGAUGAACCGUGUAUCUAGUCGGCUGGGUCUAACCAGGAUGUCCUUCCAGCCCUAUUCUCACAACCAGCUGAAAGAGAUCCUAGUGUCCCGACUCAAGCAUUUAAAGGCCUUUGAAGAUGAUGCCAUCCAAUUGGUAGCCAGAAAGGUAGCAGCCCUCUCUGGAGAUGCACGGCGCUGCCUGGACAUCUGCAGGCGUGCCACCGAGAUUUGCGAGCUUUCCCAUAAUCAUGGCAACUCUCUGGGCCCAGUGACUGUGUCCCACUUAAUGGAGGCUAUAGAUGAAAUGUUCUCCUCAUCCUACAUCACUGCCAUCAAAAACUGUUCCCUCCUGGAACAGGGCUUCCUGAGAGCCAUUAUUGCAGAAUUCCGUCGAUCUGGACUAGAGGAAGCAACAUUUCAACAGUCUUACAGCUCGACUGUCAGCCGGGAACCAAGGAAUACCACAAAGUCACACUACACAACAAACCUCACUGAUAUACAGUCAACAUGUGGCUCUGUGCAGGAUGGAGGGACUGCCUUACCCUACCAUGUCGGAGACCAUGGCUGUGUGCUCAAAUCUGGGUUCUUGUCGCCUCCUCCUGGUGGAGCCCAGCAGGAAUGACCUACUACUUAGAGUAAGGCUCAAUGUGAGCCAGGAUGAUGUGCUCUAUGCUCUGAAAGAAGAGUGAAGAGCUUCACAGACUUCUGCUGUUUCUCAGCCUAUUUAUUUUUCUUCAGAACAUGAAUAAUAGCAAAAUAUACAGAAUGGAAAUGAUUGUUGUAGAUUUUGGCAUUUAUGUUAUUUAGUUUGCUUUUUCCAGAGUGUUUGAGAAAUUUGUGGUAAUGUACUAUGUAUAUAAAUAAAUAAAAAUAAAUAUAUAUAUAUAUAUAUAUAAACACACACACACACACUAUACUUGUAUCUAUAUAAAGUACUUCUGGGAGAAUUUGUAUGGAAUUGGCUACACUGGUUGCCUCUGGGAAAUAACCUGGUGGUUUGUCAGAGGUGAGGAAAAGUUCAGUGUAUGUUGCGAUGUCUUCGAUCAUGCAUGACAUAAAAUUUAUUUUCUGGAAAAGAACGGGGUCAGGGGGUUGUGUGCAUUACAGUGACAGUGCUCCUUGUAUGCAUGAGGUACUGGGUUCAUUUCCCACUGCUAAAUGCAAACCAAAUGCUGUUAGCCACUGAUGCCUUGUGCCCUGCAUGGUACAUACCUACCUGCAAUCCAUAAUUUGGGAGGCUGAAGCAGAAGGAUUGCUGUAGGUUUGAUGCUAGCCUGGGUCACACAGUAAAUUCAAAACCAGCCUGAAAAAAAAAGAACUGAUAGAAAUAAUAGGUAUAAAGUUUUAAAAGGUAUCACUCACAGUGAUACACACAGUGCCUGAGUGGUUAAGGGGACUAAAUCUUUCAGAGAAUCAGGGUUCAGUUCCCAGCACCCAAUGGCUCACAACCAUCUGUAACUCCAAUUAUAGGGUAUCUGAAAACUUUCCUUUUGUCUUCUAAGGGCACCAAGCAUGUACAUGGUACAUACACAUACCUACACGCAGGCAAACACUCAAAUUUUUAAAACAAAAUUUUGUCUGCAUCAGUGUUUAUAUACCGCCUGUGUGCAUUCCUUUCAGGCCAGGAGCAGCCAUCUCAUCCCUUGAAACUAGUUACAAAUGGCUAAGUAGCCAUGUGUAUGCUGGGAACCAAAUCUGUCCUCUGCUGAGCCACCUUUUCAGCCACAGUAUCAGAAUAUUUUUAUAAUUUCCAAGAUUAAAUAAAAGGAAGAAGAGUAAAGAUGUCAUUUACAGAAGAAAAAUUGAUAUAGAAAUGGAUACUUAACAAUGUUAUGGAUUUUGGCUUAUUGAUACAAAUUUAAGGUCAAUUUUGUUAUAUGUAUAUUUAUUUUGUUUAGGUAUUGUGUUUGUGGUAUCUUAUUUAAAAAUGUAUAAUACAGAUUAUAGUCACCUUUAAUAGUAAAAAACUUAGGUUUUCUAGAUAUACAGAGAUAUAUUUGAGAUGGAUUUAGUCUUCAAACCUUUCAAAGACCUUGAGAAUAUGGCAUUUAAAAUGGUUUAGAGUUUUUCAUGACAAUGAGACACAACUGCUCCUAGCAACACCAAUUACUUCAUAGAGGAAGAUGGGCAUGGAAGAAACUUGUUAUGGAGUUUGCUUUUGAUAUAGCAAUACUAGCCAUUUGUACAAUAAACUGCUCUUGCCUGGAC